AUGAUGUACCUCGAAGAUGAGGGCCGGCCCAAGUCGGUUAACCUGUCAGCAGUCGCCGCGUGCUCCUUCGCGUCGCCGUCGCAUGCUACGUCAGUGGUUUCCCACGAUACGACCAGCUCGGGAAGGGAGGAACCGGCGCAGCAGGUUGUGGUACAAGAUAUGGAACAAUCCCUAGUAUCAAAAACUUCAUCACGACGUCGAUCGCUCUUCACCGAGCUGUUGCAAGUCGAUGAACCCAUCCCGUCGCAGCAGGAACUCGAGGUCAGUCAUCGACACGGCCCACGUAGCCCCGUGCAGUCGCCACCGGGCCCGCGACCCAAUCAGCCGGGGCUUGGGUCUCAUUUGGAUCGGCGAACUGCUGCUGAGAUGAUUUGACAAUUAUUUACAAAUGACUCGGUCACAACAUGAAACAGGAUGCAGGCGUCUUCGACCUGGAAGCGACCUCACAACGGCUGGCAGAGUGGAGACGCGAACAUGGCCAAUCAAUGGCCGGAGCGCGUGCACAUAACUCGAGCAGCCUUUCCGGUCGCGGGGCAAAAGCAUCCUCCCCUGUCCACGACACGAUCGACGCAUUGGAAAAAUCUCAUACCGUUUCAUCUUCGCUCAGCUGGGAGCUAGUUGACGAGCCGGACCAAUCAAUCUGCACGAGCCCGUCGACUUCACCCCGGGUUUCGGCAUUUGCCCUUGUUCGAAAAGCCAUCCGACCGGCCAAACCUAUUCGGACGCAAUCGACGCCUGUCCUCUUCGACCACACCAAUUUGCCUCUCCUAUCGCCUCCGGUAUUCACCACGACCCCAAUGAACCCGUGGGAGCAGUCUUUGGCGCGUCAUUGGCCCACCAGCAGUCGGUCGAAUGGCACACCGUGCGACGAGCGCUCAAACGCAUUCACAUCGCGGCUAGCCGUCGUGGCCGAUGGACCUCCCAAACACAACAAACUUCGCAAGUCGAUGCCGGUCGGCCUCACCAUUCGUACUGACUGCGUGCGCCCGAACGCGCCUGCAUCAUCGUCAGCAAAGCCCGCUCGCUCGCCGAACCCCUCCACGUCCUCGACCUCACCCAACUCGCCCGUGUCGAUCAAAAGGCAGUGGCAUCGAUCGCUCCCGUUCAUCCUGACCUCUCCCACACGGGCCCAUUCUGAUGCUCUCGAUGCAUCCGGCUACAAGCCGGGCCGCUCACCGUUGUCGUCCGGACCGUCCUCUCCUGCUGCUGCGCAUCCACUGAGUCGUCGAGGAUCAUCGAGGAAGAAACGCGGAUCCACUUCUUCGUCGGACGAAGGGCACCUGGGGGAUGCCGAAGAAGUUGCUGCUGCUCGAAUCGGUAGGGAUGGAUCGCGCGAGUCCGCUCUCUCCUCCUCGAGCCUGUGGGGGCUCAAACUCGGUCGCGCCUCGGGUUCGAGUGGUCAUCUGCGAGUGCCGAACGGGGAUCGCUCACGCAUGCCGUCAGAACGUCGAAUAAUCGGCGAAUGCGGUACUGGUCAGGAUGAAUGGCCACCUACCAAGCGGUCAUUCGAGGUUCUGCAUCGACCAACUGUGGGUCGUAGUCGGUCGGCAAACGCAGUCCUCGGCGAGCGACACGACCUUUCGACUCGUCCCAAGGGUAUCGGCCUGUCAGAAGCGGCUUCAACGUCAUCGCCGAACCUGAGCAAGAUCGAAGAAGAGGAAAACGGGAGUCUGUUCAGCCUGACCGGAUCGGGCUCGAAGCGAUCGCCGUCGCUGCGCCUCGGCAGGAACCGUCCAAAUUCAGAUUCUUCGGAUGACGACUCUGCCGAGUGUCGUAGCACGCGCACGCGGCCGUCCAGCGCCAUCUUGAGACCAACUUCGAGGACACAUAGCCCGGUCCCUAGCUCACAUCUACACCACGUUUUGACACGCGAUCCCUCUGUGGACUCGACUGAAGACGACGACCCUCCGCACGCCACUUUCCAGACGUUCCGUGGCCCUGGAAAGUCGCCUGGACACGAGCAAGAUGACCAUAUGAGGGUCUCUUCCUCGUUCACGAGUAACCGACCUCAAUCGUCCCACCAGCUUUCCAGUGGAGCCGAAUUGACGAGUGAAUCCGACUCGUCGACCUUCACGUCUUCGUCGAACUGGGAGCACGAUCACGACGAUGAUGACGACACCCCUGCAUCGUCGGUGCAGUUGGGCGAGAGCGACCUGGAAACCGAUCACGAUUUUGAAGCUUCCAUCAUCCAUGCCAAGCGGCUCGAAUCGAUCCCCAUCGAGGGUGGCGAGGUCAUUGGGUGGCGAUAA